AUGCUAGGAAAUUCGAGAUUGUCGACUGCCUUGGCGCACAGAAAACGGGUCUUCCAAGAAAUUUCGGACGCAAAUGAAGCCCCAGUCACUCCAUCUGUGUCAGACAGCGACUCGAUCGGUAUUCGACCCGCAACACCAACAAGAAAACCAAAUAGGAGGAAGAACGGUCAUGAUAAUAUGGCAUACAUUGUAGGCCUGGACUUUGGAACAACCAUGACCUCAGUAUCAUACUGCCGUUUCAACUCAGACAAGCGCCCUGCGAAGGUACCUCGGGAAAAAAUCAAGGACAUUACCGAUUGGCCAUCUGCUGGUCGUGAUCAGCAGAGAGGAGAAGUUCCCAGUGAAAGCCUAUACCUUGACGAUAAAUUUUACUGGGGGUAUCAAGCCCGCCAGAAACUGGAGCAAUUUCAUUACAGUGGAGGGGUAUCAGAUAAGACCGGCAGGCUGAUAAGAUUCACAAAACUUUUGUUAGCCGAACCUGAAUCGAAAGAGGAAGAUGGAGCAGGCUGCCAACUUCGAGAGGUGAGGGACACCUUGAGCCAUUUGGGUAAAACUGUCCUUGAUGCCGUUGAAGAUUAUCUGGUUGAGGUUUUUCGGUUUGCAAAGGACUUUCUGAAGGAUCAGGUUAACUUUACUGAAUCAAGUGAGGUUGAGCUUUCUCUGUCUGUUCCUGCAGGAUGGCCCAUCGAGGCUUCGUGGUCAUUGCAACAUAUCGUUCGUGAAGCUGCAACCGUGGUCAACUUUGGCCAAGUAUCGAGCCUAUUUAUAAUAAACGAGCCCGAAGCUGCAUCUGCAUUUGCCCUAGACAUAGUCGGCGGUACCAAUGUAUCGGAUAAAGAGAGGGGGGACAUUCAUGGUAUGCGAUGCUGGGGGAGGCACAGUAGUAAGUUUAUUGAAGAGGACUGCUACGACGUGCAGCACGCUUACGAGGCGAAAAAGGAUGUGACGACCUACACAGUAGAGCAAAAAAGUCCAUUUCGGCUGAUGGAAGCAGUCCCACCAUCCGAGCACCAGCUCUCUUACAAUCUGUUUCGCAAAUUUGAGAACGAGCUAAAACGAAAUUUUGAUUCCGGGGAGGGUUUGGUAGGAUCUGCCUAUCUGGACCUGCAUGGCUUGGAAGAAAAUCCUUCCAAAGGAUUUGGAAAAGGCAUGAUUACUGUUAAGAGGGAGCGGGUCAUGGAAUGGUUUCGACCAAGCCUGGAAGGCAUCACCGAUCUCAUCAAGCAACAGCUUGAUGCCUGUGCAAAUAUUGAUGUGAGGGUACAGAAAAUUAUUCUUUUCGGUGGGUACUCUCAGUCAAAGACUCUUCAGAAUUUCUUGAAACAAAGAUUUUCGCAUCCUAAGAUAGUUUGCCCGAAGCCUGGUGCCUUUGAAACGACUGUGUCGCGAGGAACGGUAUAUCGCGCUGUGGAUAAAAGCAAAGGGCCAUUGCGUAAAGCUAUUGCAAAUAUUGGCAUACUCCAAAGCGAGCCAUAUAAUCCCAAAAAGUUUCCAUCCCAUAACCAGACUACCGGCGACAGGAACAGUCAUAACAAGAGACUUUAUGUCUAUGGAACCGCGCAGUGGAUUAUCAAAAAAGGGAAUCUCAUGGACUGGAAUGAGUCGGUUCGAGAGCGAAACCACCGAGUCAUUCCAGUAGGUCAGCCGUGGGUGAUCAAACAGUCCAUUUAUUACAAUGCAUUGAUCGAAGAUCCCCAAGACCAUUACCCUGUAGACCAUCCAAAAAAUGCUGGUUCUCGGUGGGUAGAUACGGUUGUCUUUGACAUUACCAAAGCAAAAGAACAGUACCCGUUGAAAGCAAAGGGUCCGAGGCAUGGGAAACAUUACGAAAUUUAUUACGAUCUCCUGGUAGAGCUUCAGGGUCGAAACCUGAAAGUUUCUGUGGUUUAUCCUCCUGGAGGGGAAGUCCAGGGCUGCAAGGAAAUCUCCGUUGCCGCCUGCUUUCGUCCUGGUACGGAAUAA